UAUAACUCAUUGGGAUCCACCUACUUCACUGCAACGUCAUGUCCCAGCAUGCCUUGCGCUAAACUGCGUGCGCAGCGAGCUGACCUUGGGUACCGUUGAACAACAUGUCGAGCAGGGAGCCGAACCGCUUCUUCCAGCACCUGAGAGAUCUGUCAGGCCGGAUGUCGUCUGGCGGUCGGGGGGCGGGGCUUGGACUUAAGCUGCUGCUGGGAGCCGGCGCUUUGGCGUAUGGCGUCUAUGAAGCUACAUACACAGUUGAAGGCGGUCACAGAGCCAUCGUUUUCAACAGGAUUGGAGGGAUGCAGAUGGACACAAUCCUGUCAGAGGGGCUUCAUUUCAGGAUUCCAUGGAUCCAGUACCCCAUCAUCUAUGACAUCAGAGCCAAACCCAGAAAGAUCUCCUCUUUGACAGGCAGCAAAGACCUGCAGAUGGUGAACAUCGCCGUACGCGUCCUGUCCAGACCUCUAGCCUCCAAUCUGCCCAUCAUGUACCAGCAGCUGGGUAAGGACUACGAUGAGAGGGUUCUGCCGUCCAUUGUAAACGAGGUUCUGAAGUCUGUGGUGGCCAAAUUUAACGCAUCGCAGCUGAUCACACAGAGAGCUCAGGUGUCCUUGCUGGUACGCAGGGAGCUGUAUGACAGGGCCAAAGACUUUAACAUCAUCCUGGAUGACGUGUCCAUCACCGAGUUGAGUUUCAGCAGCCAGUAUACUGCUGCUGUGGAGGCCAAGCAAGUUGCUCAGCAAGAGGCCCAGAGAGCCCAGUUCUACGUAGAGAAAGCCAAACAGGACCAAAGACAGAAGAUCAUUCAGGCAGAAGGAGAAGCUGAAGCUGCCAAGAUGCUUGGCCAAGCAGUGACAAAGAACCCAGGUUACCUGAAGCUGAGGAGAAUUAGAGCGGCGCAGAACAUUGCCAAGACGGUGGCGGCGUCCCAAAACAGAAUUUACUUGAAUGCGGACGGUUUGGUCCUGAACCUGCAGGAUCAGUCGUUCUUCAACACUCUGUCCUUGAUGCAGAAGAAGUGAUGGAGAGAAAGAGGAUGGCGGCUCAGCUGGGACCUCCCCCUGACUGAUAGACAGCUGCUUUGGUGGGGGGGUAGAAAGGGAGUAGAGAUACCAGUACCACAUUUACCCCCCGUCUACCUGACUGGAUGAGAAGAUCGUCAUCCUUUGUUGAGGAUUGGUUGUUGCCGUGUCCCAGUUGGAGCAAAAGAUCCCGGUGACAUUUGUUGUUUUUGUGAAUUUAUGAAAUAAACUUAAAUCCAACUGA